AUGAAGGGUGUGAAAGGGACACUACUGAAGAAGCUCAAGACAAUGAAGACUAUUGGGUACCUUAAGCCCGAACGGAUUCUCCAAGUAAAUGCAUUAGUAGACGGCUACUUUAACCACACGUCCCCUCAAAAAUCAUACACUCGCCCCCCAUUUUCAGACAUUCAAGACCAAGAAGAGCCCAAGAAUGUUAAUUUCUUGGUCCAACUCCAAGAACCCGAGAUAAUUGAUGUGGGAGAGCUGAUGAAAGAUCUGGACUAUGAUGAUGAUGAUGAUGAUGAUGAUCGUGAGACGUCGAUUGUCAGCAAAAACACCGACAAAGAGAAUGUCAGGCCGCCGGGCGAUGAGUCGUCUUUCAGACGGCCGGAUCCGAAUUCGAGGACCCUUUUCGACCCUCAUCUUCUGGCAGCCUUCGAGCAGGCAGUCACAGAUGCCAGGGCACGAGAGGUCGGUAGAAGAUCGAUAAAUGUUGGUGUUGGGGCGGUCGAAAAAAAAACAUUUGAUCUUGAUCCUCUCGCGGGAUUCGAGGAGAGGUGUCCUCCUGGCGGCGGGAGUUUGGUCAUUCUGUACACGACGAGUCUUAGAGGGAUCCGAAAGACUUUCGAAGAGUGCCAGAGAGUUCGGUCUCUGCUCGAGAAUCUGAGAGUAUCGUUUGUCGAAAGAGACAUCUCGAUGCACGCGGUUUUUAGGGAGGAGCUGUGGGGGGUGUUGGGGGAGAGGGCGGUGCCUCCAAGGGUGUUUGUGAAGGGGAGGUAUGUGGGAGGGGCAGAGGAGGUGUUGGGGCUGCACGAGCAGGGGAAACUUAGGGCGCUCAUGCUGGGAAUCCCCACACACGAGAAGUUGAGGGGGCCUUGUGUGGGGUGUGUUGGGUUUAGAUUCCUCGUCUGUCUCAAUUGUGAUGGCAGCCGGAAAGUUGUGCCGGAGGGGGGUCGAGGGUCGCCCGACGUUUGCUCAGAGUGUAAUGAAAAUGGGGUGAUUGUGUGCCCCUUGUGUUGUUGUUGA